AUAAGAAACAAAGAAAAAGACAAACAACGUCAAUUUUGGGUACGACCCAUAUUUAAUGUGCAUCGACGUUUCUUGCAAGGAGCUAGUGAAAAUCUUGUCAAAGAAAUGGAGUUCGAAGAUGAAACAAAAUUUCGUAAUUACUUUAGAAUGGAUUCAAUUACAUUUAAAAAAUUAUUGGAAUUAAUUGGUCCAUUAAUUACGAAGCAGUCUGUCGUUCGCGAACCAAUUCCCCCUGAAACGCGUUUACAUAUCACACUCCGCUAUCUAGCUUUGGGAGACAGCAUGAUGUCAAUAUCAUAUGCUUUUCGUGUUGCCCACAACACCGUUUCAAAAAUAAUAGCGGAGACUUGCAACGCUAUAUGGAAUGUUUUAAAGGAGAUAGUUUUUCUUAAAGAUGAAGUAAAGAAUUGGCAAAACAUUGCUGCAGAUUUUGACUAUUUUUGGAAUUAUCCCAACUGUAUUGGUUGCAUUGAUGGUAAGCAUGUAGAAUUACAGGCUCCACCAAACAGUGGAUCGUCUCAUUAUAACUACAAAGGACGUCAUAGCAUUAAUUUAAUGGCGAUUAGUGAUGCUAAAUAUCGAUUUACUAUGGUCGACAUCG